GCUCAAAAAAUAUUACCCAGAAGGCCAGACCUGAAGAACCGAUAAGACUGGGGUUUUACACUACUAAUCCAACCCACAAAACCCUCACAAAGGCCUGAUCCAAUAACCCUCGCCGGAACAAAAUUCCGAUGGCCGGAGCCACCAGGUUCCUCCUCGUUGUCGGCAGCCCACUCUCUCUCAUCCUCCACCGCCGCUCUUUCUCUCUCUACAAACGUCUCUCCCACACCCCCUUCUCUCACUCCCCUCUCCACAUCCGCCGCAACUUCAAUCUCUCUCUACAACACCUCCCCAUCAAUACCAACUGUUCCGCGUCUUCUUCACAACCCCUUCACACCCAAUCAAAUUCUAUUAAUGAUGAUCAUUACAAUAGCUAUUCUGGUAAUAAUCAACAGCACCCUUGGCCUGAAUGGUCUAAUUUUAUUCACACCUUAUCUUCUUCUGUAGCUGCUGAGCCACAGGGGAUUGUUUCCGAUGAUGGUUUCGUGUCGAAUGAGUACUUGUCGCGGGAGUUUGUUGAUGAUGCUGCUUCUUGCUUGGCGUUUGCUCGAAACCGGCCUCAGCUUCUGGGGUUUCUAUCGAGGAAGGAUAUGGAGGUAGUGGUGCAAAAUGGGACUCCUUUUCUUUUUCAGAGUGCUGUUGAUACUUCUCGGAGAAUGAGGGCAUUUCUGGGCUCUGCUGGAACUACUGUGUUGGAGACUGAUAAAGCACAAACAGUUGAUUUGAUGAAGUAUGUAUUGAGUUAUGCAAGCAAUCCAACGGUUUCGUUGGAAAAAACCGACUACAGUGUAGAGCUUGUUGAAUCGUCUGUUAGGAACCUGUUAAAUGAGUUGGCAAAGGUUGUUAAUAUGAAGGCAGGUGACUGGAUAUGCCCACGCUGUAGCUUCAUGAACUUUGCAAGAAAUGGUAAAUGUCUUGAAUGUGAGGAGGCUAGACCAAGGAGACAGCUGACAGGUAGAGAGUGGGAAUGUCCCCGGUGUUAUUUCUACAAUUUUGGAAGGAAUACAAUGUGCCUUAAAUGUGACUGCAAACGUCCAGGUGAACCUUUGUCAUCUCCUGUCAGCUCUAGCUCAGGUUUGGGAUACAAUAACGGAGACAAUGCAAAUAAGCGUCAAAUUGAUAGAAAAUUGGCUGACAACGAAGAGAAAGCACAGCUAUGGUUCAAUAAAGUCUCGCAAUUAGGCAAUUCCUCGGAUCUGAGCAGUGCAGCAGCUGAUGAAGACUUUCCUGAAAUCAUGCCAAUUAGAAAAGGAGAAAACAGGUUCGUUGUAAGCACUAGGAAGACACCAUUGGAAAGGAGACUGGCCAAUACCCAAAAUCAAAGAAGCGUGGCUAGUGAAUUACCUCCCGAGAGUAAUGAUUUCCAAAAUGCGGGUUCAAACCUCGGAACAUCAUUUGGCCGCAGGUUGGACCAAAUUAUUACUCGCACACCGACCAUUCCUGAAGCUGAUAAUAGAAAUAUUUCUGAACAAAGUAAAGAUACGUUUAGAUCCAAUAAACCUGGAUCAGGUUCUCUUCAAGACGGACUUUCUAAAAGCAGCAAUUCUGGAUAUGUUCCAUUUGUGCCAUUACCUGCAGAUAUGUUUGCUAAAAAGACAGAAAGUUCAAGUAGUGAGAAAGUUAGUGCAGAGAGUUUAAAAUCAGUCUCUUCUGAGACAUAUAAUAGUCAAGCUGGUACUGUUCCUAUGAGGAAUGCAUCUCGAGAACUAGCAGAGCCUUUCCAGAUGUCUGAGAACCUAGAGAAUACAAUUGAAAAUGAGAACAAGGAGAAAGAACAGGUGGACAAUUCAGAUGGAUGGUUUAAAAGGGUAGCUGAGCUGCACAAUGCUCCUGGCAGUACAAAUGCUAUUUCAGACAAAGACUUGCAGGAUAUUAUGCCAAUGCGCAAAGGAGAAAAUAGAUUUGUAGUUAGUAAAAAGAAAGACCGUUCAUUGACUUCAUCUGUGUACAAAAAGCAGAUGGCCAUGGAACAGGCAAACAAUAAUAGUUUUGUCCCUUUUGUUCCAUUUCCACCAGACUAUUUUGCUAAAAAGAACCAGCAGCAGGCAGACAAUACGACUGUAGAUGCUAAAAAGGAGGAUUCAGGGAGGAGUCCUGAAAAAUCAGAUAAUUCAAGACAGGGGUACUUAAAUCUUAAUCAAGAAUCAAGCAAGGAAGAUCAACAAACCGACAGUGCUGUAGUUUCUGGAACACAGAUAAGUGGUUAUUCUUCUGGUUCGCGUGCUCUAAAAAAUGAAAGGUGGAGUACUGAUGCAUAUUCAGGUAAAGACGAAACAUCUUACACCGGACCACCAAGUACUGGCGAUACUAACAGAAUUAUGUUUAGCUCUCAUAGUAGUGUCAUUGAAAAUGCUAGUAAGAAAGACAGUGUAUCUCGUACUGAAGGACCAAGCACCAGUAAUUCAAGUCAAUAUUUCUCCAAUACUCAAUCUUCAGGAAAUAUGGCAGGAUCUACCACCUCUUCACCAGAGACCCAAAAAUUUAAUAGUGGGUGGAGUGGCAAGAGCUUGGAGGGAUCAGCAGUUAAGGAGACUGAUCCUUUAGACAUGUCGGAGGAGGCCAAGGCAGAAAGGUGGUUCCGACGUGUUGCUCAGAUAAAAGACUCCUCUGAGCUUAGCCAGAUCCCUGAUGAGGACUUCCCUUCAAUAAUGCCAAUGCGGAAAGGGGUGAACAGGUUUGUUGUGAGCAAGAGGAAGACUCCAAUGGAGAGAAGGUUGACCUCUCCCCAAUACCGAAGGAAUCUUCCAGUCGUGAGCUCAGAUCCUGUGAAGAAAGAAGACGAUAGUAACUGAAUAAUAAGAAACUCAAUUGUUUCCCUUUUAGAGUAUCAAUUUUUAGCCACUGCUAAUCGAUUUCUUGAAAUUUUGUUCCUCAUCUACAGGAAUUAGCAAAACAGCUGUUUAUAUAUAUGCAUGCGCAUUGUUAAGUGACUGAAUACUUGAUUUUUCAGGGUUGGCCUGUUGUUGCUCUGCUCAAUGUUAUAUCAUCAUGGUUCCGAA